UAUAGCUCUAAGAAACCCUAAUUCAAGCCUUAGCCGUCUGCGUUUUUGUUGGACCUCCCACCUUUAUAUACCGAUCUUGAUCGCUUUCGGCGGCUUCUGCCGCCUCUGUUCGCUGGCAAGAUGCAGAUCUUCGUGAAAACCCUAACGGGGAAGACGAUUACCCUGGAGGUGGAAUCCUCCGAUACCAUUGACAACGUUAAGGCCAAGAUCCAGGACAAGGAAGGCAUUCCUCCGGACCAGCAACGCCUUAUCUUCGCCGGUAAGCAGCUCGAGGAUGGACGUACUCUGGCCGACUAUAAUAUCCAGAAGGAGUCGACCCUCCACCUCGUCCUUCGCCUCCGCGGAGGCGCUAAGAAGCGUAAGAAGAAAACAUACACCAAGCCCAAGAAGAUUAAGCACAAAAAGAAGAAGGUAAAGCUCGCUGUGCUACAAUUUUAUAAAGUAGACGACUCUGGCAAAAUGGCGCGUCUCAGGAAGGAGUGCCCAAACGCCGAGUGCGGUGCUGGGACUUUUAUGGCGAACCACUUUGAUCGCCACUAUUGCGGCAAGUGCGGUCUCACUUACGUCUACCAGAAGGCCCAAGGUGAGUGAAAGUUGGGGCGAUGGCUACUGAGGGGAAUGAUGCUUGUUAAUUUCUGCUAUUUAUUUGGUAUUUUAGCUUUCUUUUAGUUUGGUUGGCUAUUUGAAUUUUUAUGAAGAGAACAUGCUACUUUGUCUGGUGUAAUCGCCUUAUUUGGAUAUGGUGAAUUCUGUCUUUCUUUAUAAACAUUUUCUUUUGGAUUAGAUUUCCCAAACAGUUAUUUGAGCUGAUUUUGAUUU